UUACGCACACACCUAGAGAUUCUCUAGUAGAGUCUCUACUACGGUAGUACUACAAUCUAAACUAAAUCUCUACUAGAGAAUCUCUGCUAGAGAAUUCUCUAAAUCUCUACUAGAGAAUCUACAUUACACAAACACACCUUACAUUCCUGGAGUAAAAUCAUGAAACAGCCCUUAUAAAUAAAGUAAAGUCAUUACCGGUAGGUUAAAAUGUUAAGUGGCGAACAUGGUUAAAAUUAUUCAAGGCUUCUAUAUUUAUUGAACAAAAAUAAUAAAUUGGCAAUGUCACUUUCCACGUAAUCUUGAAACCGCUUUUAAUGAACAAGUUAAAUUUUUUCAUGUUUCAAUAAACUCUGUGACUUUGUGUGUUAAACGUCAAAAACGUGUAGUAAUCUUGAAGGCGUUCACAAUGAACCUACAGAAGCCGAUUAAUCUCGUUGACAUUCUUAUUGACGAAAUAUCGCUGGAAGGUUUGGACGGUAUAACAUUGGAAGCACUAUGGCAACGACUGUCCAUAAGACUGGAAGAGCAACUUCCUUUGGCACGAGGUUUUAUGGAGCAAAUUUGGGGAUUAUGCUUGGCAUUACAUGAUUUUUCAUUCUUUGAGCUAGAAAAGCCAAGGAACAAGCUCAUUAUUUUCGAUCACUAUGAACUUGAGUACUUCAAUUCAGAUUUGGAUAAGAUGUAUGACGAAAAAGAAAUUUACGAGCACUGUCCGGUGGAAGAUCCAAAGCUUGGUGUCAAAGGUUCCUGUGCUACCUAUCACACGCGCAAAAAUGUAAAAAGCGUAGUUGAGAACCUAAGUUUGUCCGAUGUAGAGCAAAAGUACGGCUCAAAACUCGUUAUAGUUGCAUCUCAAGGUUUAAGAGAACGAGCUUUGAUCGACUACAAUGUUAAUCCAACUCUUCAACUAUCACUUUUGCAUUACUGUCUAUUGGAGCGCAUUGGCAGAACUCGAUAUCUAGGAGAUGUUACAAUCAAAAAAUCAAGUAGUAUAAAAGAAGAUGCCAAAACUCUAUUUUACAUUAGAAAAGGUCUGCUAGAAAAUGGGUUGAUAAGGAAGCAAGUAUACUACCAAGGAAAUACAGGGUUAUCGUAUUCUGGCCAAAAUAUGGGCACCUUGGUUCACUUGACCAGAUUUUUCAACACCAGACGACCUAAAGUCAUAAUUUGGGCUGCUCACCUUAUUGAUUAUUUAAAAUCUAGAGAGAACUAUGCAGCUGAAUACAGCGAAGUUAAAGCUGAGUUGAACUUGGAUUAUUCAAUCAAAAAGUUUUUCAAGAUCCAUCUUUUGCAAAAAUUGUUUAAAACCGACGUGAAAGUGCCUUAUAGGUCGUAUUAUCCAAACUGUUUGGAGAAAGACUGGCAAACCAAGAGCAAAACAGGAAAGGAAAGAAUCGUCAAGCUCGUUACAUUGGCAAAUCCAAAUAUUGAUGUGAAUGACCUGUGGAGAAGUGAAGAGAUCAAGGAAGAAGAAAAUGAUCAUUGUAUCUUGGACGUUCGUAAUCAAAAGCUGAAUGUCCCUUUUUUGCGUCAAGCUUAUGAUGUCAUCGAGGCAAGUGGGUGUAAAGGUAUUAGUCAAAUGGAACUUGCAUCUAUAUUGGGACUCACAAAACUUAUAAGCAGGACUAUUGUUCGCAAUCUUGUGAAAACAAAAGUUGUAUCUACCUACAUCGACGACAUUGGUCGGCAGAGAACGACAAAGUUUGUAUCUAGAAAAUGGGACGAAAAGAACACUUACAAGAAACAAAUGGAAGAAGAAAUAUCUAAAAUAAAGGAGUACAGUCGUUCAGUGCAAAUUGAUAAAAACAAGGAAGUCUCAAAUGACAGUGCAGUACAUCAUUGCGGUCAGAACAUCCAAGAAGUUAUUGAAGAAACCCCUGAAAUUCAACCUCCUACGUCUGAGACAAGUAAUUUACCCAUUAAUGGAUUUCUUGACAACUUUCAACUACAAUUGUUCUCAACAGUUAAUCGAAUACUUAAAAAAUAUGAAUUAUUCAAUCAGAAAAAUCGAUACAAGUAUACAUCGUCCGAAAAUUGUAGCAAAUUAUCAAGUGUAAGAUACAAGAGGAUGAUCGAUCGGAAAAAUCAAUGUUAUGGACCUUCAAGCUCUACAGAAAAACCAAACAUUGUGGAAAGUGACUUUUACAAAAUGAUAGAAACAAAAUUGGUUGUUCAGAAACCGGAAUGUAAAAAAAAAUCCCAAAAAGUCGCUGUAGUUGGUUUCAUGGAAAAUUUAGACAAUACGGAUAUAUCGUUGAAUGUUUCAUACAGAUUGAUCCAUAGGGCUAACAUGAUCAUUGAAAGUGUAAAGCAACACAAAGUUAUUGAAGACACGCAGAAGUUGAUGAGGUACAUAAACGAAGUAGAAUCCAAAGAGGGCUUUGAGGCCAAGAUCGAUAAGAAUUCUUUACUGCGCUUGCUGCAAAAGUUGGCAGAGGACAACUUGAUCAAGUAUAUCCAGCUGGUUUUGAAAAACAAAAAGCAUGUCAAACAGAAAACUGUGAACUUCAUCUGUGAUCCUAGUGUUGAUAUCAACGACUCUCUAAUCCAGUCUGCCGUGGAACAGGCAAAAUUAAAAUAUUGCAUGUCUGCAAGUUUACACAACCCCUACAACAGUGACGAGACAACAAUAAACACAGAUUUCCCCAAGUUGACUUCUUUAUUAAAAAAAUCGUGUAAUACAGCACUUGAAAAUCAAGGUGUUUUCAAAAAAUCAUCAGUAGCAAGAGUUUAUGGUUACUGUCCGAAAUUUUUACGUCUAAAGCACGUGCACAUAUUCCUCUACUACUUGAUUUACGGUCAUUCCGGAAAAACUGUACCUAAGAGGGUUUUUUUAGAGAAUCUGCAAAAUGAAGACAUUAAUGUCGACGAUGCCCUUGACUGUUUUCCAAUUUUGUACAGCGAGGAAGUAGAUUGGAAAAUGUUCAUCCCACCUCUACCAAAGCAUCGAGGAUACCAAACUGGAUGGGCACUAAUGGCGGACGUGCAUCUUCGCAUGCCACUGUCACUGUUUGUCAAGAUAGUUAACGUGAACUUUGAGAUCCCUGGUCUGCAGGAGAUACUCGCUCAUCCAAUACAGCGACAUUACCUCGUGAAGGACAUACCGACGCCGAUUCGGAACCUCCUGUUCUUCAAGCGAAAAUACAUCUUCAGCACCCAUGAGAUCGUGACGCGGCUCUGUUACCUCGGGCUCUGCCAGUUUGGCCCGCAGAAGCUUAAAGAGAAAGACCAAGUGUUUGUCUACCUGAAUCGCAACACUGAGCUACUCGACACGACCUCCUCGAGCCCGGGCUACCACAGGAUCGAAGACAAGCCCUACCCGUCGAUCAAGUACUGCUUCACCUCGAUGCCCGUGGUUGAGAACUAUUGGUACGAGAUGUGGAAUAUCUGCAUAAACACGUGCCUGGGCGGGCGCCUCGUCGUACAAGGCAAGGACAUUCUGCUUGAGGACUUGGUCCGAAAGCCUGAGAUGAUACAGGCGACGAAAGUCCGCAUUGCCGAGGAGGUUGAGAGCCACGAUACGGGCCUUGUGCCGGGCGAUCGGAAAGGCGCGGCUGGCAUCGACUCAGCCUUUUUCUCCCACCUUAAGCGCAACUGGAACUGGAUCAACAACAACAGUCUUCUGAGAAGUUUUCCGAACAACUUGGAACUUCGAUCUGUCAAGGCCAACAAGCCCGAUGUCUCGGUUAUGCAAAAAAGAAUCGCUCGACCAAAAAAACGAAUCAGCCUCUUGCAAAAGUCGUUAUCGAAGAGCCUUGGCUCAGUUAAAUCGGCGAUGUUGUCAAAGUUCAAGUUGAAACCGGUACGCAUCAGCAAGACGACGGGCAAGCUACUUCCUCCGGCAGUGUUCCCGCAAAUGAUAAGCAGCAAGCCAUCCAAGAUCAUCAGAAAAGUACUUCCUCGGAAGCAGAAGCGCAAACGCGUCAAGUACGACGAGAUCGACUUCAGUGCGCUCCAGCGCAUGGACAAGCUUCGCGUGGAUUGGGAAAUUCACGAGGAUAACAUUUUGCUAGUCUGUAAGGUUGCGAUGAUGUAUCUCUGUCCAAAUCCAAGGCGCAAUGUCAUCACUUUCUCGGCCAUUCGGGAUGUUCUGCGAGCCUACUCGUUUACUUCCCUGAACAAGACAUCGAAAGCCUGUCAAAGGAGGCUGCUCUAUAUGCUCAAACAGCCCAGCACCACCAACAGCGUGUUGCUUGCCGUUGAGGAGGUGAAACAAGAUUUCUAUGUGAACAAACGCUUCGGUGGAAUCGUGGAUAAAUUGAAAAUUGAAUACACGGAAGAGGAGUAUGAGCAAAAAGUCGAAAAGAUUUUCCAUGAUCUCGUGGCUUACAUUGCUCGAAAGUACUACAACAUCUCGAACAUGGAACACCGCGAGCCCAUAGUACUUCCCAAGACCGUGCAAGAAUUUAACUUGUACCACGAGCUAAAGCUACCCACGCGAACGAUCAAAUCUCCUGGUAUUUCAAAGGAAGUGCACGAGCUCAACGAUAUACACACGUGUACGAUAAAUUCCAUCAUUCACAGUUCCAUGUGUUGCGGUAAGGAGAGGAGAUCCUGGGCGUAUCAAUUAUUCAAUGUUUAUCAACAAUAUCCGGAAAAUCUGUUGCGCAACGCAAUGCUGAAGAUUCGAGCCGACAAAAUGGUGACGAUGAAAAAAAGCUACAUGUGUGCAAACAAGAAAUUUGGCAACUGCAUGCCCAUGAGUAGCUCGCAGUACCAGCUAAGCUCGUGUUACUACUACAAAUUCCAGACCAAGUGGCCCUAUCAAAUUUUCUCCGAGACAUACAACAUACUGCUCACGCUUCUCGAAAACUAUGUUGAAAGGAAAUCGCAAGAUGGCAAGCUGGACGAUGGUGUCGAGGUAAAGCCCGACGAUGGUGGCAUUAUCGCGACGCUCCACGAUUAUCUCGGUACAAAUAUUUUCGAUGUCGACAUCGACAUUCCCGAGCAGAUUAUCAUGCUUGAUCCAGGCUUGCCACAGAAGCACGAAGUCUUUCAGAGAAUAGCUGUUCGUUAUCAGGCUAUUCUCAACGCUCUUGGCAUGAACAGUGUAAAGGAUUCUCAAUCACAGGAAGAAAUCUUGUUGGAAGAUAUAAAUGAUGAGACGAGUACAAAGCAGCAGAGUGAAGUCGAGUCUCGUUCGUUGAAAAGGACACGAAAAAAGAACGAAGGUACUUUUCAAACGAAGAAACGGAAAUUUAAUAAUAAGAAAGUUCUACCAUCUACGUCCGAUUCGUGGAUUGACAAGGUCACAUCGGACACUCCGAGCUUGGACGACGAAAUCCAAGCUAUUCUCGAAGGUGUUACCAACAGAAUCGAGUUCUCGCAAACUAAUUCUAACGAAAACCAUUCAGUUAAUGAUACUAGUUUGCAAUCUUUCUCGUUCGAACCACAAGACAGUUCUAAUGAUUGUACAAACACAGAUGCGGGUCUUCCAAAUUUUUCAUGCGAUUGGUUAGAUGAUUUUCAAAAAACCAUCCCAAACGAAUCAUCGACCGAAAAUGUACAAUCGGUCGAUUCAGUUGUAGCCGAAAAGGACAACAGGUCAUCCACGAGGCUUACUGCGAGUAAUGCUUCGGAAAACAAGAAAGCUAGCUCUACGCGAGUAAACGAGCUGGUGAAGCGAGCAAUGAACAAUGCCAAAUCAACCAUGAUCGAGAACCUGGAGACCCGCAACGAAGUGCAAGACGCUCGCACCAAACAAACGCGCAUAGCCAUGCUCCAGAUGCGCGAGGAGUUGCAUGACCUUACCAUAGACGAUAAUCAUCACGCGUACGAGUACUUUGUUGUCAAUUCAUUCAAGCUUCUCUACUCACUGGUAUCAAACGAGGAAAAUGAGAAUGACAUAACAGAUUACCAGGGAAUGAAACUGCCAAGGAAACUGUUGCCUGUUGAUAUUAAGUUGGUGAAUAAGAUUUUGGAAGACGUUAAAAAGCACGCGGUUUUUCCGAAAGAGCAGAUAUCGUUGGACGAUCUCAAGACGGAAAUUGAGCAGGAUGGGUUGUUUCAGUGGAACGAUGUUGUCGCGAUACAUCGAUUCAUCAAGAGUAAAGCCGAAUUCGGGGCUACUCUGCACGAGUUAGUCACCGAAUUUUUUCAUUCGUGCGAGAAACUCGCAGAAAUUUCAACAUUUCUGGUGGAAAAACGUGUAGUGUUGAGAGCUGGUAUCGUAACGGUACGCUACAUUCAUCAUCGAUACAUCAAUCCCUGGAUCAUACGUUCUUAUAAAAUUCUUCGCCUUGAAAAAGAGUCUCAUCAAACGGUACCUGAAGGCAGCGUAUACCUUCUGGACACGAGUGAAAACUUAUCUAAUAAAGACAAGGAAAACAAUCGAGUUUACAAUGCUACAAAUUUAUUUUACGCGCCACCGCUCAAAUCUUUGAAUAAUAUAAACUUUAAUAAAAGUGAUACUGCAAAUGACAGUGAAAGGGAUUUGGAAGCACCAAGUAGUAAAUGUAUGUCAAAGAUAAGACAAACUCAAGAAUGUGAUUCGCUAGAACCUAAGAGGAAAAAAAUAUGUUCUGAAACAGAUGGUUUAGAUGGACAGGUUAAAAUUUCUGCAGAUGUUGUGCAGACAGAAAUAAAUAUUGAUGACAGUUGUGUCCGAUGGGAGGAAGCAAAUGACAAUUGUACAACAACGGGUUCAAAUAUGAAAGUAGAUGGUGGUGAUACUGCACAAAAAAAGAAAACUAACGAAGACAAUCAGGAAUCAUUAAUGGAAACCUCUGAUAGUAUUAAUAAUUAUUGUGAAGGCCAAAGAAAAUCCUUACGACAGAUAACUCUUCUAUCUAAGCAAAAUGACGUUAAUAAAGCUGCAAAAUUAAUAGAUUUUAACAGCAAAGAAGAAAUCAAAGUGGUAAUAAAACCUUGGAUAAGAAUCGAUGGAGUUUUGAAUAGGCGUGUUUUGGAUCGUAUGCUUGGAGCAGUAUUAUGUUAUUGUAUAGAGAGGCCAGGUUUAUCUCUUACUAGUGUACAAAAUCGGUUCUCACCAGCAUUGCAACCGUAUCACACUAGGGAAUUGAUAGAGAUUUUAGUCAAACUUGGCUGUGUUAAAACAAUUGUACAAAAAGUCACAAAGGUUACAUUAUUUUCUAAACCGGGCAAAAUUGAUUUUAGUGGUAAUCCAAACCUAGUUGCAAACAGUAAUAACUACAUUAUUGAGCCUGAUACUCAGUGUGCAUUGAAAUUUGGAAUGUUCCUAAGCAAUAGGUCUUAUAACUUUGAUUUUCUUUCGUAGCUAUGAUUAUAAUGUACACAACAUUAGAUUUAUGUUAAUAAAUGC